ACCACUCCCAAACAAACAAAGUCUCCAUUUUUGCGUCACUUUCUCUAGUGAUACUCUAAUCUAAUCUAAUGUGAUCCAUUCUUUUUUCUCUCAACCCAUAAUCCAAAACAAAACCCAUCUUCUUCAUCUUUAUCUUCUUUAUCUUCUUCCUUUUCCCUUUUUCUUCUCCUCCUCCUUCCCAAAACAACACACACCCAUGUGACAAAUAAACCAUCAAUCCAUUUCAUCCACUCUCAACAAAUCCAAACCCCAAAUCCCAAAUCCCUCUGUUUCUCUCUGUUUUUGUUCUUGGAAUUUCCUUCUUCCAUGCCAUGGUUUCUUCCCCAUUUCUUCUUCCAUUUGCUCUUCUUCUUUCCUUUAGCCUUCUCUUCAUUUUACCUUUCAACCAAUCCCAAUUCUCCUUCUUUGCCGAUCUUCAGGACCUUGCUCUCUUCCAUACCGCCACUCUACAGUUGCAGAACUCCCAUGCCGCCGCCACUGCCGGUGCUGUUUCUUCCAUUUCCCGAUUAGGCAUCUCUUCAAACCCUAAACCCAAGAUUGCUUUUCUCUUUCUUACUAAUUCCGACCUCUCCUUCGCCCCUUUGUGGGAACGUUUUUUCCUCGGCCAUGAAUUGCGUUACAAUAUCUACAUCCACGCUGAUCCUACCGUCCAAUUAACCCCUCCCGGUGGUGUUUUCGACGGCCGAUUCGUUCCCGCUAGGAAGACUCUCCGUGCUUCGCCCACUCUCAUUUCUGCUGCUCGUAGGCUUCUUGCUCGCGCCGUCAUCGAUGACCCACUGAACCUUUACUUUGCCCUAGUUUCUCAACAUUGUAUUCCUAUCCACUCGUUUGAUUUUAUGUAUAGUUUCUUGUUUAAAAACUCAAUCACAUCCCUUAGAUCCUUCUCUUCGAAGUCUAGUUACAAAAGCUAUAUCGAAAUUCUCUCUGAUGAGCCGAAUCUGUACGAGCGAUACGCUGCUAGGGGACCCACCGCGAUGCUCCCUGAAGUGUCGUUUGAACAAUUCAGAGUCGGAUCGCAGUUCUUCAUUUUGACUCGCAACCAUGCUGUGCUGGUGGUGAAAGAGAGAACGCUAUGGAAGAAGUUUGAACUGCCGUGCUUGGGCGAGGAACCGUGUUACCCGGAGGAACAUUACUUUCCCACAUUGUUGUCCAUGGAGGAUCCGGAAGGCUGCAGUCACUAUACACUAACUAGGGUUAAUUGGACAGGAUGUUGGGAUGGACAUCCGCACUUGUACUCGCCUGAGGAGGUCUCACCGGACCUCAUACACAUGUUGAGGAUGUCGAAUUCGAGCUACUCUUACUUCUUCGCCAGGAAAUUCUCACCGGAAUCCUUGACACCGUUGAUGCAAAUCGCCGAUGACGUCAUUUUUCGGGACUGAAGUGACAGUCGACUCGUUUCUCUUACUGGGCGUUUUGAAUUCUGAAAAGUUGUGAAGAAUGGAAAGAAUACCACGACCCCACCCGAAAGUGAGUGAGGUUCUAACAAUUUCUAUAGAUUGAAGUGUGUGUUUUUUCUGUAUAGUCCAUAGCUUUCCAGGUGAUAAAAUGUACAUAUUUUUGCAUUAUCUUUUUUUGUUGGUUCAAAAUGUAAAUGGAGUGGGAGAGAGAGGGUUUGAUGUAUGUGAAGUUGAAGCAAAGCAGUGUGAAGAAUCACUGGCUUUGGCUUUUAUAUAUGAAAAGUUCCAUUCUUAGUUGGUUUGGUUUCAUCUUGAAUGAAACAUUCAAUCCAGAGAAAUUCAAGAAAGUUCAGCCUCAAGUGAAUGAAUGAAUAAAGGUUUAUUAAUGUU